UAUGCAGCUGCUGGUAUGUAAAGUUAAUGUGUGUGCACUAUUGUUUAAAUACUUACAAAGACUUGGUCAGAAGUUCAUAACAAUUUGAUCCAAAAUGGCUACGGUUAUACGCCUUGUAGUAUUGAUCGCAGUCCUUUGGUUAAUACAAGAAGUGCGGUCUGACGAACAAGAGACAAAAGUUGGUGGCUCUGACACAAUACAAAACCCCAAAGAUAAUAAAAAUAGCAAAGAUUUUUUCUUCUCCGAUGAUACUAAUGCAUUUGCCCAUUCUGAUAAUCCUUCAAGAGGAAGAAACGUUCCUAAAACUGCUUGGUCCCAUGAAGAUACAGGUGCAGAAAAUCAGAGAGAUGUUACUAAUCAGGGAAUGGAAAGCAAGCAAGAUAAAUUAUCCUUUCGUAACGUUUCUAAACUUUUCAAGUACCUCCUCUCCUUUGUGUACAACAUGGACGAGGAAGAAAAAUCUGCUCUGACAAAAGCCUUAGAGAACCCCGACGAAACAGACGCAUUUGAUGAACUAAACAAAAAGAUAUCUAAUUCUUACAUCAAACGUCCUUCCAAAAGAUAUAGAAAACUUCGAAAUACAAGGAAAAGGUCUGGUUGUACAGAAGUUAAUGGUACCAAAUGUAAUAAACCAGGGGAAAACUCAGACAUAGAAUCCAAGCAAGCUAUCAGAGAAGGUAAUGACUAUAGGAAUUUUAAAAGUGGCAAUAAUGGAGAUGCGCCUUUUGAUGAUGAAGCUAGUUCCGAUGACUUUUUUGAUGAUGAUCGUGAGUAUGUUGAUAAUUUCCAGAAUACAUAUGCUACGCAUAAUCGUGAUAGUAAUUUCAUAAUUAUUGAACCAAUUAUUCCCGUGAAACCCGAAAAAACAGACGAAACCUCGGCAGCAUAUGCAAGGGAAAUGAUUUCUUCAAAAGAACAGAAUCCUAAUGAGAAAGAACCUUACGAAGCAAAAGAUAACUCUUUUGUACAACAUAAAAUUGGUCACUCAGGAAAUGCGAAAGACAAUAAUAAAUUAUAUUCUGAAGCCAAUAAUAAACCAGAGAAAGAAAAAGAAAUAGUUUCAUUCCCAUUGGCCCCAAACACUUUAGAACCAACUCCACAUAAAGAUUUGCAACCUAAUGAUCAGCAAGGUUCUGAUGAUCCUAGUCCAACUAUAAACGAUUCUGAAACUAUUACUCAAGCGUAUAACGAAAAUCCAAAUGAUGCUUCUUCUCAGUAUGCAAAAGAAUCUUUCACAUCCUCUCCAGAAGAUAAGAAAAAAAAAGAAAAUCCAAAUGAUGCUCCUGCUCAGUUUGAUAAAGAAUCUUUGACGUCCUCUCCAGAAGGAACGAAAAAAGAAGAAAGUCCAAAUGAUGUUCCUGCACAGUUUGACAAAGAAUCUUUCACAUCUUCUCCAGAUGGUAUGAAAAAGGAAAGAAGUCCAAAUGAAGCUCCUCCUGAAUCGAAUAAAUCAAUUACUGCAUCCUCUGUAGACACUGUAAAAGAAGAUGGAAAUCCAAAUGAUAGUCCUUCUCAUGUGACUAAAGAAAUUAUUCUGUCCUCUCCAAGUGAUAUAAAAACCAAGGAAAAUCCAAAUGAUGAUCAUUAUUAUUUGGAUAAAGAAGGUACUGCAUCUUCUCCAAAUGACAUAGAAAAGAAUGAAAAUCCAAAUGAUAGUAAUUCUCAUUUAGAUACACAAACAACUACAUCCUCUCCAAAUGAUGUACAAGGAGAUAGAAAUCCAGAUGAUGCUACUCUUCAGCUGGAUAAAAAAACUAGUACAACCUCUUCAGUUGAUGCAAGCAAGGAUGAAAAUUCAAAUGAUGCAAACAAGGAUGAAAAUUCAAAUGAUGUUACUUCUCCUGUGGCUAAAGAAAACAGUACGCCUUUUCUAGAUGACGUGAAACGAGAAGAAAAUCCAAAUGAUGCUGCUUCUGAGGUGGAUAAAGAAACUAUUACAUUUUCUCCAAGCGACCUGGAAAAAAAUAAGCAGCAUAAAAGUUCUACAGCAAGUGACCCAGAACAAGAAGCCAAUAGAGGUGAAACGCCAGUAAAUUCAGUUUAUCCUGGUCAUGAAAAUAGUAAUCAAUUUACAGAAGAGAACAACCCGGAAUUCUCAAGUGUAAUUACAACUACUACAGAAUCGGCUAGUUCGCACCAUGCAGAAGAUAACCCAUUGAAAGACAACAAUAGGAAAUCCUUAUUGAGUACUACAGAGGCUAGCGAUAAACUUGAUAAUUUCAGAAACUCUAAUGAAGAAGCAUCAAACUCAGUUUUACCUGAAAACGAUGGUGUAUCUGAUGGCAUAUAUAAAACAUUUGUUGAAAAUGGCACCACAAAGCAAGAGAAAUUUGGUACCCCAUCAAAUACAGCGUCUCAAGAAGGUGUAAAAAAUGAUAGACACGAAAGUUCGCAUGAGAGUGAAGCUUUUUAUAAGAAAGAUGAUGAAAAUCCACCAACUCAGUCCGAGUUGCCCAAAGAAACACAAUUGGUAGAAUAUUCACAAAGUUCUGAUUGCGAAGACGAAGAUUUUGAAGACAUUUCAAAAGCGUAUUCCACAGACGAAUAUGAGGACGUCUAUAGUUUGUCAGACUUUUUUGAUGAAUAUUCAGAUGAAUCAGAUCACGGAUUUGAAUUACAAACAAGCUAUGAUCACAAUAGCGAAGAAAGAGAACCUGUUCUGGGUAGUAAGCAGGUGGAACAAACGAAUAACAGUGAAUACGAUUCCGAAAACAAGACUGACAUGCCCUUAGCAGCUUCGCCGUCAAGUAAUGCGAGCAUUCAAGAUUACUAUAAACCAGAACAUACAUUUAACACAAUAUUAGAAUACAUAUACAAGUACACUAACCAUGCUUUAUUCAAGGCUCUUAAAGAACAUUCAAAUUCGACAUUCAUAUAUUAAAAGCUGUAAAAUAUCUUUUAUCCGUAAAAUUACUUUACUGUAAGAAAUGUUUAUUUAUAUCAAGAAAUUUACUUUGUUUUCGAUUUUUUUAUAGUAGAAGCAGGUUGGUAAGAUAUAAAGUACUCAAGGUAGUGAAUACUUCUGUUAAAACAACUGGUUGUUUAAAUCCCUUUCGUGUAUUCCCGCUAGAAAAAUAGUGCCAAAACUUUAAAAAAAUAUAUUUCAUUGUUUCAUAUACCAACAAUUUUGGCACCUCAUUCUGCGAAAAUUCGCUAGCAAUGUAUUUAUUCAUUCCUAAUUAAAACUGGUAACUAUAAAUUUAUAUACGAAUAA